CCCGGCCAAAGCGCACGAGAUGCGCAUUGAUGCCUGCGACCUCACCAUUCGGUUAUAUUUGCAGCAUUGAUGCGUGCAGCACUCAUGCUCCUAGUCCUGCGGAGGAGCAGCACCUUUGCACCACGCGGCACGCGUUUACUCGUCACGAGACGUGCGGCCAAGGAGCCCGCGGACGACGCAGUGGUCGCGGCCGGCGCGGCGCAACGACGAGAACGGCUGGACCGCGAACUCGCGGCGCUCGGCUUCGACGCUGAACGGCUGGAGGGCGACGCGGCGCUGCGAGGGAGUGCAGCACUCGCGACGUACCGCCGGUUCGUCAUCCCGAAGACGGCCAAGGGCCUCAGGGAUGCGCUGGCGCCGGCGCGCGCCGCGUCGGUGGCCGUCGACGUUGUUGGGUUGGCCCGGCAGCACCUUGCGGAGCAGGCGGCCUGGUUGCGGAACCGGGACCGGUCGCUGGAGGAGCGGCCGGAGCCGCCGCACGCGGACCUGGUUGUUGUUUUAGAUGGUCUGCGGAGCGGCGAGAACGUGGGUUCGGUGCUGCGGACGGUCGAGACGGCCGGCGCGGGGCGCGUGAUCUGCUGCGGGACGACGCCGGCGCCGCCUUCACCAUCUGUGCUGCGGGCGGCCAUGGGCUGCGCGGAUCUGGUGACCGUCGAGCGGGCGCCGUCGACGCUCGAGACCGUGUUGGAGUUGCGGCGGGAGGGCUUUUCGGUCUGGGCGUGCGAGACGACGGAACGCUCAGUUGUCCUGUUCGACACGCCGCCGCCGCGGCCCCUCGCCCUGAUCUUCGGCCACGAGGAGUUCGGAGUCUCGGUGGACGUCUUAGAGGCAUGCGACGCGGUCGUCGAGAUUCCCGUGUACGGCCUGAAGAAUAGUCUGAACGUCGCCAACGCCGUGGCGGUGGCUCUGUUUGAUGUUGUGCGGCGGUGGCGUAAGUAA